GUAGUGGUGAAAUAUCCACAGUUUUAUGGCUUCUCCCAUAUUGCCUUUGAGCCACUGAAGAAUUCCUAUCAAUCCUUUCAGAUCAUGCUUGAGUUUAAGGUAAAAUGUUGUCUGUUUCAUUCUGAAUGUGUUGCAGUUCCUUCAUAGAAAUAAGCUGUAAAGCUAUUUUGUACAUCCCAAAUAAAAGUCAACAGCAGGGUGACGGACAUGAGGCCUUGGCCAAUGGGAUGGGCUCUUAGUGGGGCGGAUGUGGGUGAAUGCAGUGCCAGUGUCUGUGAAGGGGUCACCUGUGCCAAUGGAGGAACUUGCUUUGCCAGCCAUGCAGAUGGGUACAUAUGUCUGUGCGCACUGGGUUAUAGGGGUCCUCUAUGCCAGGAGAGCUUCCAGCUGGUGGUGCCGUACUUUAAUGCGUCUGUGCUGUCAUACGCUAGCGCCCCCUGGCCUCGGUCCUCCAGACACAACCUGUCCUGGAUGGAGUUUGAGGUGACCUUCAGGCCGACGGCUCCUGAUGGCAUUCUGCUCUACAGCCAGGACUCAGCCAGCAGAGACUUCCUGUCAAUCAUUCUGCUGGGAGGUUACUUGGAGUUCAGCUUCGACUGUGGCUCUGGGACAGCCACCAUCAGGAGUGAAGAGACGCUCACAAUGAACGAGUGGCAUGAGCUGCGUGUCUCCAGGACGGGCAGAGAGGGCAUCCUGCCGGUGGAUAACCAGAUGCCCACACACAGCCUGGGUGAGGGAGCAUUCACUCAGAUCAGGUGCAGCGGUCCUCUGUACAUCGGGGGCGUUCCAGAACACACCAAUCCCAGGACUAAGAUCAACGCUGGUGCUGCCCUGCUACACCACUUCACUGGCAGUAUCCAAAAGAUCACUCUUAAUGAGCGCAGCAUCCGUCUGCCCCAGGACUUCUCUGACGGGGUAAACAUAGAGAACUCCCUGCACCCCUGUGUAGACUCCCCAUGUGCCAACAGGGGCACGUGCCGCCCAAAACAGGCCUUGUAUGAGUGUGACUGCCCCCUGGGAUACACUGGAAAGCACUGCCUGCAAGAGAUGGCCAGGAUGGGAGCCUGACAGUGGACCACUAUGAGACCAGUACAGGGAGAUCACCAGGCAACAUGAGACAGCUCAAUACCAACAGCAUGGUGUACCUGGGUGGAAGGAAAGAGGUUGGCUUGUAUACCCAUGGCCAGUACCUGUGGGGCCUGGUGGGCUGCGUUUCUUAGCUCUCCCUCUACUGACUACCACCUCUCUCUAGUGGAGGAUGCAGCCGCUGGCAAGAACAUCAACACAUGCAGUCCCUGACAGCUGCUGACCUCGUUUCCCUGAGCAGACUAUAUCAUGUUUUAGAAUUAUGUUCAUAUUUACUGUAUGUCUUGGGAUGAACCCAAACACGCAAUUGAUGGUUAAACUUGCAACUAUUUUAUUAUUUAUUGUUGUUUUUUUUAUUGUAAAGAAUUUCCAUUGUUUUGAAAAUGUAUGAUUUUUAUGGGAUUCCCGUCUCAUGGACAGUAGAGGCAUGGAACUCAGCCUUCUAGAAUCUCUUUGUGCCUGAUACUGAGGUGUGGUGUUUUGUACUGUCAGAUACUGCUAUCCAGCUGUUUUGUGUAUUUAAUCCCGUAAUACAUGCAUCGUAUUUACUUUAUGUUCAUAUUCUUAACUCUUAUUAUUUCUUAUUGUUGUUGCAUUGUAGAGAAGGAGCCUGCAAGUAAGCAUUUCCUUGGACGGUGUACACCAUGUGUAUUCUGUACAUAUGACGAAUACAACAUUAAACUUGUAUUGUAACCAUAUCUGUCAAAGGAAAUGUAUAGGAUGUAUAUGUAUUGCAAUAUGCAGAAGAUUUUCUGGAUGUGGAAAUAUAUACAAAUGCCAUAACAUGUCCUGACAUGUCUUUUUAGAAACAUAAACAUUUUAAACAGCA